AUGAAAGGCACUGUUCCCACCAGCUAUGGACAACGUCUCUGCACUGGACAGGAGUUCGAUAGCAGCAGGGUGACAUUUCUGAAGUUCCUGGUGGUAUUUCUCAUUGCAGUUAUGUCAUACCAGCCAAAUGUGAUCAUCACGCAGCCUCAGGUCACAGUGUCGCAGUACACAGUCUCCUCUGGCUCCUCUGAAUGGAACUCCAAUAUGUGUGACUGCUUUGAAGACUGCGGCAUCUGUCUAUGUGCCACCUUUAUCCCCUGCAUUCUGGGCUGUAGAGUGGCCCAGGACAACGGGGACAGCUGCUGCAUCCCCUUCCUCCCCGGUGCUAUGAUUGCUCUGAGGACAAGCAUACGCAGCAGAUAUCACAUUAGUGGCUCGGUGUGUGACGACUGGAUGGUCAUGGCCUGCUGCCCACUUUGUGGAUUAUGUCAGAUGGCACGAGAACAGAAGACGAGAGGACACUAA